GCCUCUGGGCUUACCUUGCGGUCCUGUCCGCGGAGGAGCGGUUCUGGGCCUUCACCUGGGACGGGGUUCCAGGAAGCAGAGGGUGCGGGAUCGUGCCCUAAACGCCUGAUGCUCGCGGUUGGAUUCCCAAAUCCUGAUUGGGAUGGUCUGGGACGCUCUGCUCUCAGCCGUGGCAUUUGGGUGCUCAUUCUGCUCAUGGCUUUGCUCACUAAGUAUGACGCUGUUCCCAUUCAGUCCAGUGUGGUAUUAUGUGCCUGCCCGUCUCCAUCAAUGGUGAGGACCCAGACUGAGUCCGGCUCCGCUCCUGGCAUUCCUAGCAGUAGCAGCAGGCAGGGCCCCACCAUGGACAGCACUACAGCUGAGUCCCGGCCAAGCACUAACCCCCUGCAGCACACUGCCCAGCCACCACAGCCACGCAAGAAACGGCCUGAAGACUUCAAGUUUGGGAAAAUUCUUGGCGAGGGCUCUUUUUCAACAGUUGUCUUGGCCCGAGAACUGGCUACCUCCAGAGAAUAUGCUAUUAAAAUUCUGGAGAAGCGUCAUAUUAUAAAAGAGAACAAGGUCCCAUAUGUAACCAGAGAGCGAGAUGUGAUGUCACGCCUGGAUCACCCCUUCUUCGUUAAGCUUUACUUCACAUUUCAGGAUGAUGAAAAGCUGUAUUUUGGCCUUAGUUAUGCCAAAAAUGGAGAACUGCUUAAAUAUAUCCGCAAAAUCGGUUCAUUUGAUGAGACUUGUACCCGAUUUUACACAGCUGAGAUUGUGUCUGCUCUAGAGUAUUUGCACGGCAAGGGCAUCAUUCACAGGGACCUUAAACCAGAAAACAUUUUGUUAAAUGAAGACAUGCACAUCCAGAUCACAGAUUUUGGAACAGCAAAAGUUUUAACCCCAGAGAGCAAACAAGCCAGGGCCAACUCAUUUGUAGGAACAGCGCAGUAUGUUUCUCCAGAGCUGCUCACAGAGAAGUCGGCUUGUAAGAGUUCAGAUCUUUGGGCUCUUGGAUGCAUAAUAUACCAGCUUGUGGCAGGACUCCCACCAUUCCGAGCCGGAAAUGAAUAUCUUAUAUUUCAGAAGAUCAUUAAGUUGGAAUAUGACUUCCCAGAAAAAUUCUUCCCUAAGGCAAGAGACCUUGUAGAAAAACUCUUGGUUUUAGAUGCCACAAAGCGAUUAGGCUGUGAAGAGAUGGAAGGGUAUGAACCUCUCAAAGCUCAUCCAUUCUUUGAGUCCAUCACAUGGGAGAAUCUGCACCAGCAGACACCUCCGAAGCUCACAGCUUACUUGCCAGCCAUGUCAGAGGACGACGAGGACUGCUAUGGCAAUUACGACAAUCUCCUGAGCCAGUUUGGCUGCAUGCAGGUGUCCUCAUCUUCCUCCUCCCACUCCCUGUCUACGGCAGAUGCGGGCCUGCCCCACAGGUCAGGCAGCAACAUAGAGCAGUACAUCCACGAUUUGGACACUAAUUCUUUUGAACUGGACUUACAGUUUUCUGAAGAUGAGAAGAGGUUAUUAUUGGAGAAGCAAGCUGGUGGAAAUCCUUGGCACCAAUUUGUAGAAAAUAAUCUAAUACUAAAAAUGGGUCCAGUGGAUAAGCGAAAGGGUUUAUUUGCACGACGACGACAGCUGCUGCUUACAGAAGGGCCACAUCUAUAUUAUGUUGAUCCUGUCAACAAAGUUCUAAAAGGUGAAAUUCCAUGGUCACAAGAACUCCGACCAGAAGCCAAGAAUUUUAAAACUUUCUUUGUUCACACGCCUAACAGGACAUAUUACCUGAUGGAUCCAAGUGGGAAUGCUCACAAGUGGUGCAGAAAGAUCCAGGAGGUUUGGAGGCAGCGAUACCAGAGCCACCCAGAUGCUGCUGUGCAGUGACGUAGCCUGCGGCCGAGCUGCCCUUCGCUGCCAGGAUACCUGCCCCAGCGCGGCUCGGCCGCCACCCGGGACACUUCCAGACCACCUGCCAGCCAUCUCAAGGAGAAUGCGGACAGCGGAAACCUUCCAGCUUUUUUAUUUAAAAGAAAAGAAAAAAAAUACCCAACCACACAAAGAACAAAACCAGUAAAAAACAGGAAUUCAGGGUCGCUUUGCUUGCUCUCUGUGCUUUGUGGAGGCUUCCAUGUGCUCUUGGGGCCGUGAAGACCCAGCCCCUUGCACGGCAGCCCAGCUCCUGCCCAGACCAGUGGCUAGACUUGGUGUCACCAGCCCCUCCUAGCAUCCAUCAAAACCAUGUGCCUGCCACGCACCACUCCUACUGUGGCCCAGGGACUGGCUCUUUCUGCCCACCCCCACUGUCACGGAGCCCUUCACCAGGGAACCUCUGUGCACCGUACUGUGUGUACUACAGACAGGGUUCUUAGCUUUGUGAGUGUGCUCCCUACCUUAUGUUCCUCAUGCAUGGCCCUGGAGGUGUGGCCUGGCCCUUUGUGUCUCCUGUUGUGGCUCUGGUGACAGGAUUUCUGUGGUUCCUGCUGUCUGGCAGGCAGAUUGAGAAGUGAAGAGUAGGCAAGACUGUGGAGAUGACAUGCAGAGCAGGCUGCUGCAGUUACAAGGAGCCCUCCUGGGUCUCAGCUCCCAUGUCCCACCUCCUAGCAGUGUCCUUCAGUGGGGCUGGAUGCCAAGCCAAGCACGUGCUUGGGAGGGGCACUGUCAGAUAGAAACCAGGUUAGCACCCAGCUGAGUUUUUGCCAGAUACACAGAACCCUGUCCUGUACUUGGCAAGGCCAGGAGGUACCACAGAAUCCUCAGGCCUUCCUGAGAAUCUGGAAAGUUUUAAAUGUACAGGCUGCCUGUACAGGCUACUAGUAAGGUCAGGCUUGAGAGAAUCCUAGUGUCAGCAGUCCCAGGGUGCUUCAGUCUCCUGCCCAGCCUUAUGUGCCCCUGUUCAUGUUGUGGCUAAACACUUCUCAAAGAUAGCUCAGUUUUUACAUUUCUGUGUUGGAAAUCUAAAAGCCUUCUUCCCGCACUGCCUGGUCACUUGGCCAAUGAGGGUGGAGUUUGUUUAGAAAAAAGUGUUAUUUACUGUUGCCCGGGACAUUAGAAUAGCCCACUGAAGCCUGAGUCUGUUUGAUCUGGUGUCUUCUGCCAGUUUUAGUGCGACUUUCCUUUUUCGCUUCCAUAGCAGUGCUUUGCUUUUUAGAGACUAGAAUGUACCAGUCCCUUGCUUUGCUUUGCUGCUUCCAGGCAGAGUGCUCCAAAAGGUCUCAAAUGUGCCUGUCCUUGCCUUGAUUGUCCCUGAAGGGUGGCUUUCAGUCCCUGGGGAAGAAGAGCAGGCACCUGCCUUUGCAGUCUGCUCACAGACACCAUCUGACUCCCAUGUACCCAAGGCAGGAACAACUUUGCCAUUUCUGUAGACCUUCAUAAAGGCACCAGCAAAAGGCCCACAGAAAAUGUACUCCUUACACCUAUCACCUGGUGUGCCAGACCAGUCCAAACUGAGAAGAAAGAUUUCUUUCCCAAACUGUUUUAAUGAUAAGAGUGGUUCUUUUUAAACUGAGAGGAAGUGCAGAUGUGGGGCUGCACUAGUGCUAGACUGGAACAGAGGUAUUCCCCAGGCUUUGACAGUCAUUUCUGUGAGAGCUGUGUGUGAGCAAGCAUGUGUCAGGUUCCCACCUGUCCUUGGGGAUCCUCAGAGAGCGGGGAACAGACCAGGUCUCCUCUCAGCCUUUAGAAGGCUUGCUUGUGUUAGGUGAGUCUCACUUGGCUGUUUUUUUUCUUGAAAUCCUGUGCAGACUCACUCCCCUUGUUGCUAUUUUGACCUCUUCAGAAUGUCCUGUGUCUGCAGGGGUAGCUCCCUGACUCUCCUGCCUGUGCACACACAUGCAGAGAAGGGGUCUCUUGGGGCAAUCUGGUACAGUGGAACAAGUAGGGCUAAGACUCGGCUGAAUAAGAGAACCUGGCCAAUUAGAAUAAAGAACUAGAAUAGAAGUCUUCUUUUAUCUGCGCCCUCUGGAGAGCACCGCUACCUCCUGGGCUUCACCAAUAAACACCAUCCCAACCUCCUCCACCACAUGGCUGAGGGCCAAGACAAAUGCCACACCGUUCCCUGUUCCCCUUGGUCCUUACUUGCUGUCCCUUUUUUUCCUUGCUGCUUUUUUGUUAAGGGCCGUGCACAUUCUUCUUUAGCCCUGACUUAUGUUAGUCUAGCUUUUCCAGUCACUCUCAAGCUGUCACCUAGCAUGCAGAUACUGUGGGUUUCAGGGAACAUGUAGACAUGCGUUUGUGGAGACACAAGUUGGGUCUAGCCCAGGUGAGAAAGUAGUGCCCUCCUGUAUAAUAGAUCCAGGAGCCAUGGGUCCCACUAAGGACCAGUAAGGACAAAUGUAAAUGCCUUUCUAUGGCUUCUCCCAGCCCAGAGGGUAGCAGACUGGUGGCCAUGGCUCAGACAGCCCACUGUGCCCUGCCUUCCCUGGGGAUGCAGAGGGAGCUAGGUAUAGAUGGUUUGUUUGCACCCUUUUUCCUCUGGUGCCAGCCAGGGCAGCAGGCAUCCCUGUGUGGAGCUUAAGCCUCUAUACCCUAGGGAUUGGCACUGUGGUGUAUCUACCAUUCUCAACCUUAACUUCCUAGAGGCUUGUUAGAAAUUUGCUUUAAGAAAGUUGGCUUAUGUUGUCAGUCCAAAGCAAACAGGGACUUCACCUGCUCCAGUGCUCUCAGUCUGCUCUGGUAUUUGUGGUCCAUGCUGGAAGGACUCAGCCCCGUGGUAUACAUCCACACACACCAGCCAGAGAGCUCCAGGUGAUUCUGUGCUUUCUUAAAAGUAGUAGUUUCUUUCUGAAAAAAAUCAACUAGGCUCUCCACCCAGAGUCCACUGUGAGCAUUUUGAUCUAGAUUCUGUCCCCUCUUCCAUUGAUUUGCUUUUCAAACUAAAUUGGGAACAUACAGUGUACAUUAUUUUGUAUCCAUCUUUUUCAUUUGAUAUUUUAUCUGAAGUACUUUCCCAUGUCAUGAGCAGUUCUUCAAAAGCAUGUUUUAAUGAUUGUAGAGUCUAAUGGUCAUAAAUUUUUAUGAUAGUUUUAUCUAUUUCCCUAUUGUAAAAGACUUAGGUGGUUUCUGGUUUUUCACUGUUUAAAUAAUGCUGUGAUGAAUGUCCUUAUAAAUCUUUCUAUAUUUGACUCUGAUCUUUUCCCCUUAGAUAUCAGCAAAUGGUAUUUUAGGGUUAAAGAGUUUGUUCAUUUCACUCAGAUAUUCCUCCCUCUUGGUCUUGUUGCUCAGAUGCUCAGAGUUUCAGUAACAGCCUCCUUCCUGGUGUCCUACAGAUUUUGAGCAAAUCAGUUUUUGCUAAGCUGUGUGUUCCAAAGAAUGAUGAAUAUGACUGCUCUCUUUUCUUUUGUUAAUGCUAAAAUGAUGUCAUUCCUGCAGAUCCAUUUGUGACAGAUUUUUCCAGGAGCUAAUUUCCUUAUUUUCGUUGCAAUAAUCUGGUCAUGCUUGCAUGUUAGUUCUCUUCCAUUUCUGCUGCUAUGGCUUCCAAGUUCUUGGUGAUGUUUUAAGAAAUCUUUUACUUUGUGUCCACAAUGGUACUGAAUCUGCUUCUGCACAGUCAGCAGAGAUAAAAAAAAAAAAGUUGAACUGACCUUGCCACGUGCUUAGUGGGUGAUUUGUACUUAAGUUUAUAGAUUACACCAUUUGGGAUCACUAGCAGAGCAAGGCUCUUUUGUAAAAGAAACCGUAUAGACGAUUGUGUUUUACAAGAGUGCAUUUGUGUGUCCCUCCACCCCUCAACAGAAGUUCUUAGCAAUUCAGGACAACACAAUGUCUAGGCCUUUCAUUGUGGAAUGUGGAUCUGAGGUGGCAUGAGUGUGAGGUGUUCUCCCUGCCCACAGUGCUGCAGGUUGCCCAGUGGUCUUCAAGUCCAGACCAUCCAAAUUUGUUUGUGUUUUUAUUUCUCCACAUUUACUGAGUUCCAUUGAUUCUGAGGAGAAACAUGUACAAGAGGGUUUUCUGACCAUCAUGCUCAGUGCCACUUGACUACCAGAGCUCAGGGCUGAAUUGUGCAGAAUUGGGUCUCCUGCCCACCUCUGGUGCACCACAGUUCUUCCUCUGGCUGGGUUACAGACCCAGGGUGCUCACUGCUGUGACUUGAGAGGCCACUUCUGUGAGAAUAUGGUGAAGGUACUGUGUCCUGACAGAUGUUUUUUUUUUUUUGCUUUUUUUCCAUUUUGUUUCACUGAAAACCCAGCAUGAACUGAUGGUGACUCAAGUGGGUGUGACUCUUUGUUCUUGGGCAGAGUGUAUGGCAAGAACCCCUGAAUCAGGGCUGUAGCCACUUUCAGAGCCUCUGAGAGGCAUUGGCUUCUAGCCCAAAACUUCAAGGUUGUAAAUUAGCCUGUCUGUGGAGAACUGUUCUGGGAAGGAAACUGUUUUCCAGCAAAGAGCAUUUUUAUUUGUUGCAGAGAUGGCCAUGGCAGGUAAAUGAAUGAGCCAGUGUGAAUACCUGAAUUUUCCCUGUAAUUCUUUUCUUCAAUGUGAAGAAACACCAAACUGUAUAGAGAACUUUUUACAAAAGGAAGAAAAAAAAAUUUUUUUUUUUUUAAAACCCUUGUAGCCCACUAUAGUCUAACAUCUGGCUGAAAGCUCUCUUUUGACCAUAGUUUGAUUGGAUGUUGACAAAUUUAACUGCUGCAGUGUUUGGAGCUGCUGCAGCAGUUCCAACCACAUACCAUAGGUUGAAUGGAUAGUAUGUUGCUGUCCUUCAGGUUGGUGGCAGUCAGUUGCACCGUGUGUAAUGUCCUCUACCUGGUCUGCAGCAGUAACUGUGAUGUACAGGCAAAGCAAAAAUUUAAAAAAAAAAAAAAAAAAAAAAAACUUAUGGAAACAAAUAAUGCAAUGAUACUAGGAUAUACACUUUUGUAUUUUUAUUCUUAUAUAAGGUUAUUUGCUGGCUAUUGUCGGCCUCUAGUUCAUUCUGUGUUAUUUAAAUUCUAAUAUAUGAAUUAUUUGGAUUGAAUUCAUGUUCGGGGCCACGUUGUUGUAUGUAUUGAUGUACAGCCUUGAAUGUGAAUAAUUAUUGUAAACUAUUAUAUUUUACAACUUUUUUUCUGGCUUUAUUAUAUAAAUUUUCUAUUUGGUCAUGGUUUAAUCAUAUCAUAAUUUAAUGAAUCUGUUUAUUCUUUUUUCAAAUAUCUGUGCUUUAGAUAUAGUUCCGGAUGAUGAAUUUCCCUCGUAUGCUCCGUAGUCUUGAAAUAAAAGCAUGUAGAGUGCA